CAGAAGAAGCGGACGUGACGUCGCCGGCGUCCUCUCGCGUGACGUCACCGCCGCGACUCCUCCGCCCCGAGAGUCGGCUCGUCUCGCUGCGGCUCGGCGCGCACCAUGGGCGGGCAGGGCGAGGAGUACGACUACCUCUUCAAAGUGGUGCUGAUUGGAGACUCGGGCGUCGGUAAAAGCAACCUGCUUUCUCGCUUCACGCGCAACGAGUUCAACCUGGAGAGCAAGAGCACCAUUGGCGUGGAGUUCGCCACGCGCAGUAUCCAGGUGGACGGCAAGACCAUCAAGGCGCAGAUCUGGGACACGGCCGGACAGGAGCGCUACCGCGCCAUCACCUCCGCGUACUACCGUGGUGCGUACGGCGCACUGCUGGUGUACGACAUCGCAAAGCACCUGACGUACGAGAAUGUGGAGCGCUGGCUCAAGGAGCUGCGCGACCACGCCGACAGCAACAUCGUCAUCAUGCUCGUGGGCAACAAAAGCGACCUGCGGCACCUGAGGGCCGUCACCACCGAUGAGGCCAAGGCCUUCGCAGAAAACCAUGGGCUCUCUUUCAUUGAGACGUCUGCGUUAGACUCGACGAAUGUGGAAAGUGCUUUCAUCACCAUCCUAACAGAAAUCUACCGCACAGUUUCACAGCACCACAUACCGGACGGCGGUGGCUCAAGCGGAAACCUGGCACGCAGCAGCGAGGUAAAGCUCACGUACCCGGACAAGUCUCCCGACGCCGGCAAGACGUCGCGCCUGCCGUGCUGCCAGAACCUGUGAAGGCCGGAGCUCGGAGGGGAGGGGGUGGGUGGGUUGGGGGCGGGGGGUAGAGGCCCCCAACGCCCCCCUCCCCCCCAGCACGCACAGCGGCGCCGAACACAUUUCACCAGUGAGCACGAGCGACUCUUGUCGGGAGUUUGCGUGAUGGAUGCAGAUAAAAAAAUUUAAAAUAAAUAAUUUAACACGAUGGGUGGGGGGUCUAACCGGCAGGUUUGGUUCCCAGAGUUGAUUGAAGGUGAGCGUGAAUGUGAUAUCAAGUGAGAUGUGCAGCCAGACGGGACUGUGGGGGAUAUUUGGAGGCAUUAGUUGGGUCUCACUACGUCUUAUCCACUUGUCUGUGCUUCACAUUGCCCUGUUACUUUCUUUACUCCAACGAAUGGGUUUCUUUUAUGCUAUAACAGCUAUUAUGUAAACAUCAAAGUAAAAAAAAUUGUGUCAUGGGGUUCAUAAAUGUACACUACAUGAUGCACAGCUCAUGUCUUUGAAGUAACUCGGAAAGUGAACCACAUAUCAUCAAGCAAAGAUGAUGCCUCGGAGAAUUUCCAUUGCCCCCUCACCUCUGGCGCUCGAUGGCGACUGUCAAGCCGGCACAUCGCUGUGAACCCCAAGCCGGUCUGAGAGGUGGACGCUGUGGCCCUCUGUCUUGGAGCAGCUGCUGCCUUCCAUCGUGGCGACUGGGUUGGUAGCGGUGUGGCGGGUUUAAGAGAACGGUGCGCAUGGCGCGCGAUCGGUGGUGCGGUGGCCACCACAGUGCUCUUGAUUUCAUUUGUCUGGAGGCGGCAGACGAAUCUGCUCAAAUUAGUAAAGGUGAAACUAAAUCUAACUGCGUGAAUAGGCUCUUUGAACAGAGUUGGAAAAAGUUAUUGAUUUUCUGGUCCGUUUUUGGUUGAAUUUUUUCCCCCGUUAAAAAUUAUAUUGUAGUCCAGCUAACGUAAACACACUGAAACUCUAAAAUAGAAAUGUAACAUGAAAUUAUAAAUCUCGCGCAAAAUUUCAAAUUGAUCUGUUUGCGAGUGCUUGUCACCUGAAAAAAAAGUAAAAAAACUACCAUUGUGCCACUGACGAUGCUUAGCAAUGAAAACAUGAAAUACCGCACACCUUUAAUGAGCCAGAUGGUAAUUUCAAGAGUGCACGCACUGUGACAUCAAAAGUUGCAUGCAUUUUGAGCGCAGAAUCUAAAAAUGUAUCAAUCUGCUGUUACUACGGUGCCUGCAAGCCGUGCACGUGUAGUGGAUGAGAUUUUGUGUGAGUGGAGAAUUAACAUAACAUCUUGGAGCAUAUCUUCUCUUUCCGUGAUUUGUUAAUCGAUAAUGAGAUUCACAAUUACAGGGAUUUGUGCGUGUGCACGCGUUUAUUUAAUUCCCGCGCAGUUAAAUAGUUGAAUUGGGCAGCUUCUGUUCCUCUGCCGUGAAGUGUGGUUGGACAGCGCUGAUUUCAUCGUCCCCAUCGUUUCACACACACGGCACGGGCGUGCGGCAUUCUGACAUGGUGGCGAAGCCCGGGCUCUUUCCCGAGCAUUUCUCAUUCCGACUCUGGUGGGAAUGUGAAGGUCGUGAGAGGGCUGAGCUUCACUUCCACCUUAACCCUGUGCUCAAGUAAAGCCCCCCACGAUGGUGAAGUGCAUGCAGGGGGAAUGUCAUGAUAAAAGGGAUGACCGAAUACACUGGAGGCCUUGGUACGCUUUGCGUACGGCUGCGAUGAGAAAACACGUCACCUUAUCUCUCGGUCUUGUGACAUUUUUGAGAGUUUUGGGCCCGAUACAGAUUGUCAUAAAUUCAUGGGUUGGUGGCGAAUGGUAAAUCGUAAAAAAUAAAUACUGUAUAAGUGGGUGCCAAAAAUAAUGCUGAUAUGUUCAUGUCGCCUGCGUGAUUGGCCUUCCUUGUACCUUAUCGUCUAAAUGCCUUUAUAAGAAUAAUCUUUAUGUAUAUCAGUCUCUUUGCUCUUGGUUUGAUACUCGGUGGAAUCCAGCUCCACGACAUGCACCACCUCUUCCUCGACAAACGUUUUGUUUGUACACCUGUGGUGAUUUGCGUUAUUCUGCGACCAGUGUAAUAGGUGCCCUGUGGCGCUAAUAUCACGAAAGUGAUUGGGAAGCUCCUCGCUUGGCCACGAGCAUCUCUUUCUCACUCAAGGCCCAGUUCGUGGUAUGCGGCGGGGGUAGCAGGGCCUCAUCUUGAAGAAGCCUUUUGGAGGGAGAGUGGCGAGGUCAGCACCGUGGGCUUGGGAUUGUGCUGGGCAGUGCCAUUGACGUGGUUGUUCAUGUACAGCUAAAUUCACAAUAGUGUCCUGUACAGUAAAUCGUUUUGGGGAACUAAA